AUGUCUUCAAAGAUAUCAGAUGAGAAAGUGCAAAUAUGCGCCUCGUUUCUGCAGGAACAUCUCAGCAACCACCAAUCUCACCAGCAAUGCCCCCUCGUCGUUGGAUUGAACGGCAUGCAAGGCGUUGGCAAGACAACACUGGUGGCAUCAUUGGCGGAAAGACUCAAUAGAGAUGGCAUAAGCACAGCCGUUUUCAGCAUUGAUGACUUUUACUUGACACACGAAGAGCAAUUAAAGCUUGCAGAAGAGAAUCCCGACAAUCUUUUAUUCCAGCAUCGAGGGCAGCCAGGAACCCAUGACGUUAAACUAGCGAAUUCAGUCUUGGUCUCCCUAAUAAACAGCCAGCCAACAAAGGUCCCAGUAUAUGACAAAGCACUCUUCUCCGGACAAGGCGAUCGCCUCCCAGAGCAGUACUGGACUGUUGUCAACAGCCAAGGUUCCAAACCCGCUCAAGUGGUCAUACUAGAGGGUUGGUCAGUGGGCUUUCGAUCCUUGUCAUCCGAGCAGAUAGAAGCAAAGUGGAAUGCCCCCAGUCGGACUUUAUACAAGCAUAAGCUCGAGCAUUUACUUCUUUUGAAUGAGAAACUACGACUUUACGAGGCUCUAUGGGAUUGUUUUCAUGUAUUUAUACAGAUAGACUCGGAGCAAGCAGAAUUUGUUUACACUUGGCGGCAGGAGCAAGAGGACUGUAUGAGAAUAUCGAGGGGCGAUCCGCAAGCAGGUAUGACGGCAGAGCAGGUACAGAAGUUUGUGGAUGGGUUUUAUCCAGGUUAUGAGCUCUAUACGGAGAGUUUGAGGCAGGGUUGGAAUCUUCAGAGGCCGGAAACUCAGUUGCAGAUCAUUGUUGGACUUGACAGAACAGUCAAACAAAUUAAUCGCUUAUAG